UAGGACAAAACUUUUAAGAACUGAGAAAACUCAUUGGUCAUUUCUUAGUAACAAUGUCAACUAUUGGUUCGCAUACGGUCGAAUAGAAAUCCGUCUUUUUCAUUGACCCAUGUGGUGUCUGAAAACGGAGCUGACAUUAUGCUGCGACGGGAAGCCAGGCUUAGGAGGGAGUACUUGUACCGGAAGGCUCAGGAGGACAAGCUGCGCACCAUCGAGGAGAAAAAACACAAGUUAAAAUCUGCCCUAGACGAGAAUCGUCUCCUCCCGACAGAGAUUCGUAAGGAGGCCUUGCAGCUCCAGAAGCUUCUUGAAUAUGAUGAUGAGGGAGCAGAAGGUGUCAGCAGUCACACUGAUGAUGAGUAUAAAUGGGGUGGAGUCGAAGACCCAAAAAUUAUGGUGACGACAUCUAGAGACCCUAGCUCCAGACUUAAAAUGUUCGCCAAGGAAGUGAAGCUCAUCUUCCCAGGGGCUCAGCGCAUGAACAGAGGGAACCACGAGGUGAAAGCAUUGGUCCAGGCCUGCCGUGCGGCUGAGGUCACAGACCUGGUGAUUUUACAUGAGACCCGAGGCCAGCCAGACGGCCUGGUCGUGUGCCACUUGCCAUUUGGACCUACAGCCUACUUCACGUUGUACAACGUGGUUAUGAGACACGACAUCCCAGACAUCGGCACCAUGUCCGAGGCCUUCCCACACCUCAUCUUCCACAACUUCACCUCACGCCUGGGGCAGAGAGUGUCCAACAUCCUGAAGUAUCUGUUUCCAGUGCCCAAGGAAGACAGCAAACGUGUGAUCACAUUUUCCAAUCAGGAAGACUAUGUUUCUUUCAGACAUCACACGUAUAAGAAAACUGACCACAAGAAUAUUGAACUGACAGAAGUGGGGCCAAGGUUUGAAAUGAAAUUGUAUAUGAUCAAGCUCGGCACUCUGGAGAACGAGGCCACGGCAGAGGUGGAGUGGCGUCUGCACAGCUACAUGCAUACAGCAAAAAAGCGUCGGGUUCUUACCACAGAGUAGCUGUGAGACUUGGGACCAAAAAAACAGUUUUUGUAUCAUAUUUGUUACUCGGCGAAUCUACUACUGCUUCAGAGAAGUAAUUUAUUGGUGCCAUAAUUUCCUGUUUUCAACAUUAGUGAAUACUGGCUAUAGGUAAUUGACCAGGUUGCAAAGAGGUUUGUUAUACAGCAGGUUGGUGUUUCACUUUUUUUUUUUUGUCCAAGCUCUUUGGCUUGCUCAUUGAUUGAUUGGUUGUGUGAAUAAUUUUCUGAUUAUCCUGAUAUUUUCUGUUGAAACAGUGCAUUGUAAGUAAGCUCCAAAAUUGGGACAUGAAACCCAGAUGUUGUGAAUUUUUUAUUUUUUUUUAAAGCAAAAAAAAUAUUGCAUUCCCCUUUCUCUAACAGGAAUCUUUCAGCAUUUCUGUAACCAAACCAAUUUCUAUUUGCCCUAAGGGAAGUUUAUACUGUAGAAAUUGUGUUUUUCUCCUUGGAUCCAUCUCUUCAAUUGCAAUUUUGAGCUUUGCAAGUAGGUUAGUAAGUAUUUUUCAUUGGUGUUCUGGGGGGAAAUCUAUAUCUGGUUUUGUGUGACCCAGUCUCAUAAAAGGUAUAAUAAUGAUGGACAACAAACAGCAUUUAUCUUUAUUGAUCAGGAUGAGCAGUUAUGGAUGGUUGUAUGUGGUAACUAGUUUGAACCUCAAUUGGAAAUAAUCUCAACUGGAUUCUACUGAGCGAAAGAGCACUGCAAUUUGAUGGUAAUUUGGCCGAUUCCUUCAUACAAAGAUGUUUCAGCCUGUGUUCCAAAUCAUGCAGGAAUGUUGUGUUGCACCAAUGUACGUAUGAUAUGACAAUAAAGCCCACUUGAUUGUGAAA